GAGGCAAGUUUCCUCUGGCUCCACUGGUUUCCCAGGUAUUUUACAAAGAGUUCACAUUUUAUAAAUGGAAGAAGCCACAUUUUAUACUUUCUUUUUCCAUUAACAGUUGAACGCAGCUGUAAGACGAUUUCUGUAUCCCAUGGAUAUUUUGAAUUGCAGCAACAGAGUUUUCAGAUCAAUGCUAAAGCAAAAUAUAAUUGUCAUAAUGGCUAUUCAACAUCAAAAGGAGAGACUCAGGCAGAGACACAGUGCCUUACAGAGGGCUGGAGCCCAGAGCCAGAAUGUAUCAAGACAUGCUUAAAACCACCUGGAGGUGAUUUUAUCUUCAACACAACUAAGUCUGUUUUCUUUCCUGGAGACAAACUUCACUAUGAAUGUAAAGAGGGGUUUCAAAUCACAAACAAUACCAUCGAUGACACCGUAACGUGCACCGAGAAAGGAUGGGAACUUACUCCUAGCUGUGUGUCCAUAGUAUGUAAGACUCCAGUUUUGGAAAAUGGCACAAUUAAUCCAAGAGAGGACAUAUUUCAGCAUAAUAUGGUAGUACGUUUUAACUGCAACAAAGGAUUCACAAGAGUUGGCUCUGAAUCUGCACAAUGUUAUCACUUUGGAUGGUCUCCACAGCCUCCAAUAUGUAAAGGUAAAAAUAGGCAAUUUAAGAAUUAUUACU